GGAUUCGAACCGUUACCCGACAGCACUUAGGGCUUUUCCAGGGCGCGCGCGACGCGAGCUUCGUUUUCGUCCCUUCCGCCCUGGCGCGCGGCGGGGAUCGAUCGCUCGGUCCAUCAGGUAGGCCUUUGGCGCUCCCGAUCCAUCUAGCUCUGCGCAUUCCCGCCGAUCUCCAGAGCUCGAGAGAAUGGCCGCGGCGGCGGAUUCCUCCCCUCCCUACGUGCCCUACGCGCUCAAGAUGACGCUCACGGGCCACCAGAAGGCGGUGUCCAGCGUCAAGUUCUCCCCCGACGGCAAGCUCCUGGGCAGCUCCUCGGCGGACAAGACGAUCAAGCUGUGGUCCGCCGACGAUGGCAAGCUGCUCAAGACGCUCCAGGGCCACAGCGAGGGCAUCUCCGACCUGGCCUGGUCCAGCGACUCGCGCUACGUUUGCAGCGCCUCGGACGACAAGACGCUCCGGGUGUGGGACUGCGAGACGAGCGAAUGCCUCAAAAUUCUCAAGGGCCACACCAACUUCGUGUUUUGCGUCAACUUCAACCCCCAGUCGAGCGUGAUCGCGUCCGGAUCAUACGACGAGACGGUCCGCCUGUGGGACGUGAAGACGGGCAAGUGCUUGAAGGUGCUCCCGGCGCACUCGGACCCCGUCACCGCCGUGCACUACAACCGGGAUGGAUCGCUCAUCGUCUCCAGCAGCUACGAUGGGCUGAUGAGGAUCUGGGAUAGUCAGACGGGGAACUGCCUCAAGACGCUCAUCGACGACGAGAACCCGCCGGUCUCGUUCGUCAAGUUCUCGCCCAAUGGGAAGUUCAUCGUGGCUGGAACGCUGGACAACACCGUGAGGCUGUGGAACUACCAGACGGGGAAGUUUUUGAAGACCUACACCGGGCAUGUCAACAACAAGUAUUGCAUCUUCUCGGCCUUCUCGGUGACAAACGGCAAGUACAUUGUGAGCGGCUCCGAGGACAACUGCAUCUACCUGUGGGACUUGCAAUCCAAGAGCGUCGUCCAGAAGCUCGAGGGGCACACCGACGUCGUCCUCUCAGUGUGCUGCCACCCGAAGGAGAACAAGAUAGCGUCGGGAGCUCUGGAGAAGGACAAGACCGUCAAGAUCUGGGUACAAGGGUGAUGAGCCCCAAGUUCUCGCUUUGUCUCUCUUUCUCUCACACACGGAGAUCGAUCGAAAGCCUGGUCGGAAGGCGAUUUCUAGAUGAAGAUCGACGAGUUGCUUAAGUGGGUUUGUGAUUAAAGUUAAAAUCUUACCAUCUAAGUGACCUAAA